AUGACAACAGACACAGAUAAACAGCUUUGGGAAUUGAUAGACAACUUCUUCUUAAAAGCUUCUAUACUAAUAUGCCACUCAAAAAAUACAGGUAUACCAGAUAAUGGAGAAUCUCUAGCCACUAACAGCUGGUUUAAUAUUGAAACACUAGGGGAUAGCACAAUCGAAAGUGAGAUAAAUGACUGGGUGACUUUUGAUGGCAAAAGAAAUUUACCGCCUUUGGUGAUAGAAACAUUCCUAGAUUUAAGAAGACUCACGCCGUCUCAAGCGGUGAUCUUGAAAGACCAAGACGGUAAUCCAUGGACCGCUUGUAAGGGCACAAAAAAGUCCGAGGUAAUGCUGGAAAGAUGGUUAAUUCAGCUUGAAAAAAAUCCUAAUCCCGUCAAGAUAGAAACCGAAAUAGAAGAGAUCUAUCGACAAUUAGUCUUAUUAUUUCGUUACCUUUACACUCUUGUUGGGCUUCUGCCUGCCAGUGACUUACAAACUCGCAUUUCCCGUCCUGGAAACAGUCGCAGCCUGACAUCACUCAUCAACAUUGGAACUAGAAUCGUGGACGGUUCGAAGCCGAUCCUUUCGAAGGGUCGAAUUGGCUUAAGCAAAAAUAUAAUAGCAACAUACUCCAACAUGAUCAACGAAACAAACGUUCCUUCACAUCUAGAGCAGAGAAAAAUCACGCCUAUCCACACGAAAUAUGGGUCAUUGAGAAUAUCUGUAUCAUACCGCCGCGAUUGCGAUUUUCAUGUGGUAGAUAAUGAUGAUUCAUUCGGAAAUCAAUCAGGGGGAAUACUAGAAGGACGUACUUCAAAAGCAGCUGGUGCGUUGACGUCAUCUUUCUUGAGGGCAACAUCAACUACUAGCAAUCGAUCCAUGUCAAUAUCUCCUAAUACCACUAUAAGUCCUAACUUGUUAGUCGAACCAUCUCCCCAGAAGCGAAUUACCUCAACUUCGCGCCAAUUUCAACCUUUUAAAGUCGGAUCUGUCGGCAGUGGAUCAAUAUCCCAGUACCCUCAGGGAAGUUUAACUCGAAACCCUAGUGGAUCUUCUGUUGUUGCUGCCUUGAGGGCACAAAGAUCUAGCAAUGGGUCGAUUACUACAUCCACAAACCAACUCCAUGAGUCGCACAUAGAGCCCUCCAGUGUAGGAAGCGGCAGUGCUUCAAAGUACUCUUCCUCAUUUGGUCGGUUGCGCCGACAUUCUAGCAUAAGAAGAUCCGAUAGUUUGGAAAGACCUCAGAGGACGGCAAAUAAAAUUAAUGAUUCGCCCUCUGGAGAUUUAUUAGAUUUUAUGAAGCUUCUAGAGGAUAAGCAAGAGCUCAAAGUUAAAAAUCCUCACUCGAAUAACGUGGAUAUUUCUAGUUCAUUGGUACGUUUCCAAUCCAUGAGAUCGACUAACGAUACAUUGAGGGAUGAUUUGUCUAUGAGUUUGUCUCUUGAGCAUCCACCAUCAAACCAACAAAGACGUCGUUCAAAUUCGCAUUCUCCAAAUUUGUCAUUCUCUCCUUCAAUACAUUACCCCUCUAUUCCGAUGAGACUCUCACAGAGUCAUUCCAACAAAAAUGAUACUUUAAGCGACCUAGCUAGUAGAAGAAGCUCAGCAGAUAAAGCCAAAUCUGUUAUAUCAAACAUUAAUGAAGGCUUCUCUGAUGAACAUCAUGAUUCUUUGCAUGCAUCACCUUCUUUAGAUGAAGAUGAUGACGAAGACUUGUUGAUCGACAGGUCUAGAAUAAACAGUGGUUCGGGUAAAUUGCGUUCCACUUCUCCGGGCUCAAUUCAAAGUGUAUCAAGUUCUUUUUCAAAAAGCCAGCUGCCUUUCAAAACCAUGGUAAAUUUCUCACACCCUACAACGAUGGCUACACCAGCCCAUGCAAAAUUACAUAAAGCUAUUGUAGGGUCGUCAGAUAACCAUGUCGAAAAUGCAAAUAAAAAAGAAGAUGCAAACGCAGGUGACGAAGAUGAUGAUUUGCUAUUCUUCAUGAGCGACAUGAACCUCUCCAAACAGUAA